CAGCGUGCUUCGGUUCCUUAUUGUAUAAUCCGACAUUCAGGUCACUCUACACAACACACUCUCCAUUAAGCCGAGACAUGCUGAGGUAGUUCGCGUAUGACCACGCGCCACACUAUCGAACAGACUAGUAUCAUCAAUUGAUAUUCCCCGAUUGCGUGGUCAUCGUCUAAAAAUGGAACAAGAUGAAGACAGCAGCGCUGAUGUCGGGACGAGCCAAGACGAUCGCCGCCAAAGCCCCUAAGAGGAACGACGACCGCGUCAUUCUACACUUCGACUACGACUGCUUCUACGCCAGCGUUCUCGAGAAUGCAAACCCCGGCCUCAAGGGUCAGCCGCUAGGCGUCAAGCAGAAGAGCAUCCUAGCGACGUGCAACUACGCCGCACGUGCCCAUGGCGUUAAGAAGCUGAUGUCUAUCUCUGAGGCCCACAAGAUCUGCCCGGGCCUCGUUGUUAUCAGCGGUGAGGACCUGACGCCGUUCCGUGACGCUUCUAAGAGGCUUUGGUCCUUCCUUAGGAGCCAUUCUUGGAGUAAUCGUGCGGAGCGCCUGGGGCUCGACGAGGUCUUCCUUGAUGUUACUGAGGUCAUUGCGUAUAACCAGGAGCUGCUGAAUCGCAAUGCUUUGCAAGACUCGUUCUUCCAGCUUUCUCGGCACGACCCUGAAAAGGGGUUCGGUUUUGAUGCCACGCAAUUCUUUGGAUGUGUACAGCCGUCGGUAGACCCGACUGAUUUGGUGCUACUUCUAGACAAUCCAUUAUGCGUUCGCCUACUGCUCGCAUCCCACCUAGCCGGCUACUUGCGCCUCAAACUAGAGGAAGACUUCGGGUAUACCUCUAGUGGUGGCGUCUCAACUAACAAGACCCUUGCCAAGCUCGCCGGCAGCAUAAACAAGCCGCAGAACCAAACCACGCUUCUCAGUCUCCGUGAAUAUGACGUUCAGGACUUCAUGGACGGCCACAAGCUGCGACAAAUCCCAGGCAUCGGUUCUCGCAUUGCGCAGCUAAUCCAAGAUCAUGUCCUAUCCAUCAAGACAACCCCAGACCCGCAUGGCUUAGAGAUAGGGGCCAAGGUAACAGCCCGCGAAGUUCGGCAGUUCGCAUCCAUGUCCGCCGACCUCCUAGAGCGAAUCCUUAACCGUCCCGGCGCCGAGCGUGGUAGCGGUGAAAAGGUAUGGAAUCUCCUCCAUGGCGUAGACAGCUCCGAGGUCAAGGAAGCGAGCGACGUGCCGACGCAGAUCAGCAUUGAGGACACAUACAUGGCGCGGCCACUAAAUACUCCCUCUGAGCUAAUGAGAGAGCUACGUGCCUUGGCCACGUCUCUCAUACGACGAAUGCGCGUCGAUCUCGUCGUAACAUAUGAUCCUGAUCCCUCAGAUCUCUCAUCGCAACAAAAUACCCAGCAGCAUCUACGCUGGGCCGCAUAUCCUAAGACCCUACGCCUAUCCACACGUGCGCGCCCAAAGCCCAACGGAACUUCCACCCCAACCCCUGAGAUCUUCAGCCGCAACUCCCGUAGCCAGCCACUCCCGAGUUUCGCACUAAACCUUAAAGACGCAAGCAUCGAGGCCGUCGCCGAGCGGCUAGCAUCUGAAGCCCUGCUCCCCUUAUUCCGGCGUCUGCACCCGGAGCGGCAAGGGUGGAAUCUAGCUCUGAUUAAUGUCUGCGUGGCGAACAUGGUGAUGGUAGCGGGACCCGGUGAGACGGGGAGUGGUGCGGGAGCAAGAGCAGCGCGAGAUAUUGGGCGCAUGUUCCGCACGCAGGAGGAUAAAUUGCGCGAGUGGACUAUUUACGAUAAUACGCCUGUAGCGUCUGUCCUCGAUACCGCAUUUUCCUCUGCGAAUGUCGCAGAUAUCGUCAAGAGUAUCCCUCAAAGUGAAGAGGAAGAGAAAAGGGAAGAUACCAUAGACGCUAUGGACGAAUUGGUGGAAGCAUCCGAACCGAUAGCAGUAUUAUUAGACUCAGACGUAGAUGCUUGGGAGGACUCAGACGAGGAUGAGUCCCAGAGGUGUCAUCUCUGCGGACACAUCAUCCCAAUAUUUGCAAUAUCGGCGCACGAGAGGUUUCAUAGCAUUGGGGAUUGAUAUAGACUUGCCAAUUAUUAGCGUUUGAUCUUUAUUUCAUAUACUACUAGGUUAGUUAGGUAGUUACCGAUACCCCUUUUUGAAUUGAACAAGAUACCCCAACACACCA